AAGCAUAUAAAACAGUAUGGCCUACAAACUUCUUUUUUUUCUACGCGUCUCUUUUGCUUGGAUGAUGACAUAAGAUUCUUUUAUCUUUCAUUGAAAGUGAGGUGGGGUAUCAUUGCAACGUUCAAGGAAAGUUCAUUAGCACAACGCUUUCAUUGAAAGUGAAUAAAGCCUUGCCCUUCACCACAACGCUGUGUUCAUCUUUCAUCCUCGCCCAAUUUCACUGUUUGUUGUUUGCAAUCACUUCCUUUUUUUUAAUCUUCUUCAAAUCCUUCCCUUGCAAAAAAAAAAAAAAAAAACCUUCCCCUUCAAAUCCUUUCACUUGAGUUUUAGCACCCUUCUUCUUUCCAUUUUUUGCAUUCACUUCCUUUGAUCUUCUUCAAAUUUCCUUGUAAAAAAAAAAAAAAAGAAAAAGAAAAAACAUGGCUGGGGCUUUGGUGGGUGGAGCUGUUCUCUCUGCUUCCCUCCAAGUUAUUGUCGACAGGUUGGCUUCUCGUGAGAUCUUGGACUUCAUUAGAGGAAAGAAACUUGAAGAUGGCCUUCUUAAGAAACUGAAGCUAAAGCUCAUGUCAUCUUAUGCAGUGCUGGAAUAUGCUGAAAAUGAGCCUAUUAGCAACCAGCCUGUCAAACUCUUGAUUGAUGAGCUCAAAGAUGCUGUUUAUUGUGUGGAGGACCUCCUCGAUGAGAUCGCUGCUGAAGCUCUUCGAAGUAGGAUGGAAUCUGAGGGUCAAACUAGUAUGGCAACGAAGGUAACCCGCUUUUUCUCUUCUCGCAAUCCGUUCGAAGAAGGGAUGGAGUCAAAGCUUGGGAAGAUCCUUGAGCAACUAGAAUAUCUACACAACCAAGUGUGUAUCCGCGGUUUGAAAGAAUAUUGUAGAGGAGAAAAGAAAUUUCAAAGAUCCUGUGAAACUUCUUUGGUUGAUGUAUCUGGUGUUUUUUAUGGCAGAGAUGGUGAAAAAGAAGCAAUAAUGAAGUUGUUGCACCCAGAAAAUCUAACUGAAAAUCAGAUAGAUGUCAUUCCAAUAGUGGGUAUGCCCGGGGUUGGUAAAACCACCCUUGCACGAUUCAUCUACAAUGACGAGAGAGUGAAGGAAUGGUUUGACCUCAAGGCAUGGGUGUGUAUUUCAGACCAAUUUGAUGUUUUCAAAGUAACCAAAGCCAUUCUUGAUGAGAUUACUUCUGGUUGCGAUGAUAGUGAGAAUCUAGACCAGCUUCAACUUAGACUAAAGGAGAAGCUGUUGGGAAAGAAGUUUCUAUUUAUUUUAGACGAUGUUUGGAACGAGAAUUAUGCAGACUGGGACGAUCUGACAAGACCUUUCACUUCUGGGGCACGAAACAGCAAGAUAAUCGUAACAACACGUAAUGAAAGGGUUGCAUCCAUUAUGAAGACUGUUCAAACUUGUCCUCUUGGCAUCUUAUCUGAUGAUGAUUGUUGGAAGAUAUUUGCAAAACAUGCACUUGUUGAUGGAAUUCCAAGCAGGCAUCGAUGUCGGAAGGUAAUCCGUGAAGCCAUUGCCAACAGAUGCAAAGGCCUCCCUCUAGCAGCCAAAACACUUGGAGGUCUUCUGCGUUGUAAAGAUGCUGAUGAAUGGAAUGAAAUAUUAGACAGCGAUUUGUGGGACAAACUAGAAAAGGAAGGUAGUACUAUUCCUUCAUCUUUGAGAUUAAGUUAUUAUUAUCUUGCUUCACAUUUGAAGCGCUGCUUUGCAUAUUGCUCCAUUUUCCCUAAAGAUUAUGAAUUCAGAAAGGAAGAACUCAUUCUACUAUGGAUGGCUGAAGGUCUUCUACAAAUUUUCAAAAAAGAUGGCAACGCGGAAGGUAACAAGUACUUUAAAGAUUUAGCAUCCAGGUCAUUUUUCCAACAAUCAGCAAGAGACAAAUCUUGCUUUGUCAUGCAUGACCUAAUCAGUGACUUAGCUAAAUCUAUAUCUGGAGAAUUUUUUUGCAGAUUGGAAAGUAGAGGUGAUUCAUGUGAAAUAACUAAAAAGACUCGUCAUUUGGCCAAUAUCCAAGGAAAGUAUGAUGUGGCUAAGAAAUUUAAGACAUUAUCCAAAGCAAAAAGUUUGCGAACAUUCUUGACUUUGCAGUCAUCUCCAUUCGUUUGUUUUGUUACCAGCCAAAUGCUUGAUUUGAUAACAAAAUGUAAAUGCUUACGAGUACUUUCUUUGGCUAAAUAUCGAAAUAUCAAUGAGUUGCCAGAAGAAAUCGACAACUUAAAAUAUUUGCGAUAUUUGAAUCUUUCCAAAACUUCAAUUAAAUGUUUGCCAAACUCUUUGAGUACAUUGUAUUAUUUGCAAACAUUAAUAUUGUUUGAAUGCUUCCGGCUUGUUGAGUUGCCGAAAGACAUGUGUAGAUUGAUCAACUUGCAACAUCUGGAUAUUAGGCGCACAAGGUUAGCAAGGAUGCCUGAAGGAAUGGAUAAGUUGAAAGAUCUUCGAACAUUAACAGAUUUUGUUUUGGGCGAGCAAAAUGGUUCAAGCAUUAAUGAGUUAGGAAAGCUCAAGCAUCUACGCGGAAGACUUGCCAUUUCACGUUUAGAAAAUGUUGCCUGUGCAAGGGAUGCCAAAGAUGCCAAUUUGAAGAAAAAGAAGAACCUUAAGGAGUUGGAGUUGCUAUGGAGUUCUGAUCAUGAUACUGAUGAUACAAGGCAUCUCAGAGAAGUACUUCAACAACUGGAGCCCCGUAAAAAGUUGACGCGUCUUGUCAUUAGUUGUUACGGAGGUACAAAAUUCCCGGAAUGGAUCGGACAUUCUUCCUUCACAAAAGUAGUAUCUGUGGAGUUAAGCGGUUGUAAAUAUUGCUUGUUCUUGCCACCGCUUGGGCAAUUAUCAUCUUUGAAAUCUCUCUCUAUUUCAGGGUUUCUCGAAGUAGCAACAGUCGGUGACGACAACGAUGGUUUCUACGGGCAUUGUGAUGCAUCGAGUAAACCAUUUGGAUCUCUUAAAACUCUAAGCUUUUCGAAAAUGCCAGAGUGGAAAGAAUGGAAGCUUUGUUCGAGAGAUGAUGCUUUCUCUAGUUUGCAAGAGCUAAGUAUAAGAGAUUGUCCCAAGCUAACCAAUUCUCUGCCCAAGCACCUCCCAUCUUUAAGGAAACUUUGGAUUGCCUGUUGUGGAAAUCUUGGUGGCUUGCUUCCUGAGGCACCACGCAUUCGCGAACUUGAGCUAGGGGAUUGCGAUGCAUUGCAAUUGGUGCCAUUGCCUUGUGGGCUUCGAGAGUUGCGAAUUUGCAAUCGGAUUAUCAAUGAUUCCAUAAUGGAGCAGAUGAUGGAACACUGCACUCGCCUUGAAAAGUUGAAUAUGUUGAAUUGCUCUAAUCUCAGAUCCCUUCCUGAAGGUAGACUUCCUAUCAUGCUAAAGCAACUGAGAAUAGCGGGUGGUGUCUUGGGUUGUUUCAAAAUCCCCUUGUUUACAUCUCUUGAAUCCUUGGAGAUAGUAGACGGAAGGUGUCAUCCCCUAGAAUCUUUUCCAUUGGGACCAUUUCCUAUGCUAAAACUUCUUUCUUUUUCGACAUGUGACGACUUGAGGUGGAUAGGUGCAUCAAAGGGGCCUUGCUGCCAGCAUCUCGCAUGUCUCAAUUCUUUACUAAUCAAUAGAUGCCCUAAUUUGAUAUCUUUUCAAAUUGAAGAGGGAUUAUCUGCCACCAAUUUAAGGAGAAUUGUGCUUUCAGAUUGCGAAAAUUUAAAGUCAUUUCCAGAGCAUAUGCACUCCCUCUUCCCGUCCCUUAAGGAAUUGGAAAUAAUAGAUUGUCCAGAAAUAGAGUCAUUUCCAAGAGAGGGUUUGCCCUCCAAAUUAAAACAGAUUUAUAUCAUACGAAGUGAAAAGCUGAUUGCGGGCAUGAUGAGGAGGGAAUGGAGUUUGCAAACACUCCUUUCACUUACACGCUUCGAAAUCCUGAGUGAAAAAUCAGAGAUAGAGUGUUUUCCAGAUGAACAUCUGCUGCCCUCUUCUCUUAUCCAUCUUGCAUUAUUUAAAUUUCCAAAUCUUAAGCUUUUGGACGGUAAGGGCUUUCAACACCUCACCUCUCUCCGCAAAUUGCAGAUCGAACAAUGUCCAACACUCCAAUCCAUGCCGGUAAAGGGGCUUCCUGACUCUCUUUCUCAUAUUUGCAUUUACGAUUGUCCUUUGCUGAGAGAAUGUUGCGAGAAGGGGAAAGGUAAAGAUUGGCCCAUCAUUUCCCACAUCCCUGUCAUUUGGAUUGACGAUGAGGUCAUUCUAUAGCAAUACUCAGAAGCCAAAUGUGUCAACGUGUCCCUUUGCCAUUAUUAACACAAUCUAAGGGUCAGAAUUAUCUGCAUGAAAGUUUUCAAUACUUGAAUGGAUUGGCAUCAAGCUCUGCAUACUUCAUUUGAAAUUUGGGUUUCCUGGAGCUGCUAUGUUGAUGUGCUCAGAUUUGACGUCAAUAAAGAAUAAAUAUUGCAACAUCUUCCUUCUCUUGUCGCGAAAUCAGUGGCAACCAUAUUCUUUAAUCAGACCAGAAGCACUGUCUUGGUUAUCAAGAUGAUUCAUUCAGUCCAAGGACUGUUCCUUUUGAAAGAACUCUUAGUUUGAAGGUUUCCCGUAGUAGUAACUGUGGAUCCUAACUUCCAUAGGUAUGUUCUUUGAGCAACUAAGCCAUCGAUUCCAUAAAAUUUUAGAUUUCAUUUGGAAAUCUCCAUUUGAGAAGAUGGAUUCGAAUUUCAAAUGCAGUAGAAAUUAUGUGGGAAUGCUUAUAAAUACAUGACCUAUAUAAUUCUAUUUAAAUACAUAGAUUUGGUAAAUCUCUCUUGAAUGGUGAAUUCUGGAUACAUCUUUCUAUACUCUCUUAAAUGUAAUGACUGCAAUCAUCCUUAGAAAAUGAACAAAAAAUCAAAUUUAUAAUUCAGUCUCUCAAAUACUUGUUUCCAAGUGAAAACAUUAAGGUUUUAUCAAGUCCUAAAAUGGCAGGAAUGGCUUUUUUCUGAAGACAAUUAAGAAUGUGGGGCAUUCUCUCAUGUUGUAGAAUGUUAAUGUCAUAUGUUAAUCGAUAUCUUGCCCUUUCAUUGGAACUUGAGAAUAAUGGAGGGGGACAAGUUGUGGGAUGAUUUCGGAUUGCAGCAAUCCAUGAACUGGAGUUAGCUGAAUUUGAUUUGUUGCCUUUUGAGCGACUGCUUUGUGGUCUGCGCAAGGUGAAAAUUACAGAUUGCAAUACUCCCAGCUCAAGGAACUAGUAUAGUGUCAUUCCAUUGAAGAGGUGGAUAGCUCCAUAAUUCACUCUACGCUAGCUUUCAAUUGUUCAGUUGUCACUGAGGCUACCGUCACCCUUGCUACUUCUGAGAUUUGUUGCAAAUACCAAUUGAUGAUUUCCAUCAAAUUGAAGUUAUUCCGUAAGUUGCCUUAGGCUGGAGGUGCGAUAGGUCAUUUUUCUAUCCCAAAAUUAUCUGCAUGAUAGUUUUUUAUGGUUUGACAGUUUUGCAUCAAUCUCUGCAUAGUUCAUUCAAAUUUGGAUUUCCUGGAACGGCAGUGCCGAUGUGCAUAGAUUUAAAGUCAAUAAAGAAAAAUGACGUUUGCUCCCUCAUUCUCUUGUACAGUAUGAAAUCAUUGACUACCAUAUUCUCUAGUUCGUACCAGAAGUCCUGUCUUCCUUUCCAUGAUUCAUUCAGUUCAAGGACUACUCGAACAACGUGAACAGCUGCUCCUCUUAAAAGAUUUCUCCACUUGAGGGUUUUCCUGGGUAGCAAAUAUUCAAUCUAGUAUAUUCUUCUUUUGGUCUUCCACUAAACAACCUACAGGCCUACAACAAAUCAAAUGCAGGUAUCUUGUGCCACUUACUUUUUUUUUAUUAUCAAAUUUGUGGAGGUUCUUUUAAAAACUUUUAUACUAGUUUGAAAUUGAAAAGCUAUGGCAACUAGGUUAAGCCAUUUAUACACAGUUUAUAUUUAUUAGAAGAAAUUUUGUAACUUGCACCAAUACCUUUGUGGUUGCUGUAAUGAAGUCAAGUACAACUAAGGCCAACAUUGAUGCUUCUCUACUUUGUGACUAGUGAUCUUCAAUUGCAGUGCUUACUGUUCCAGGCUGUCAUUAUUUGAGCAAUGCCUCAUCACUUACCUCCUGUUUCUUCUGAAAUUCUGUUGCAAAUUUGAGUUGAUUCUUUUCAUUUAGUUGAAUAUGUGUUUUUCCUCUUAUUUGACAGCCUUUUGAAUCCAAUUCCUUCUUAACCUGGUUAACUAUAAAAUGUGUUUAGUUUUAUGAUUUUUUCCAGCAAGAGAUUGAGUCUGGAAGAGAAAGAAGAACUCGAUUUUGGGUAAGAGGUUGUACUUUGAGAGUGAAAAUGAGGAAACUGAAGGGAAAGUGUUUAACGGACACAAAGGAGAAGAUGAUGGAAAUGUAUCUAAUGCUUCUGAUUCUUCAGCUGAAAACCAGCAGCAGAACAAUCCCACUUCCUGCGACACUUCAUGGCCUCUAAGCUACAGCCUCCCAUCACCAUAAUUCUGAGUGUUGGUUGCAAAUCCUAAUUGAUGAUUUCCAUCCAAAUGAAAUUCCUCUUGCAUGAGUGCCUUAGCGUGGAGCUACAAGAGCUCAUUUUUCUAUCCCAAAAUUACAAGAGCUCAGUUUUUGAUGGUUCGACAGCUUUGCAUCAAGCUCCACUUCAUUUCAAAUUUGGAUUUCUUAGCGCAGGGGCAACAAUGUGCACAGUUUCAAAUCAUUGAAGGAAAACUUCUUUUACUCCUGUCUCCUGUAUUGCACGAAAUCAGCGACUACCAUAUUCUCUAGGGUAUACCAGCAAAACCAUCUUCCUUUCCUUGAUUCAUUCAGUUCAAGGACUAUUCAAGCAAGUAGGACUACUGCUCCUUUGGAAAGAUCUCCCAAUUUGAGGUUUUUCUGAGUACUAAUCGUGGACAUGGGAACUAGGUUUUUCUGAAGAGAAUGAGGAAUGUGGGGGCAUUCUCUCAGCUUGGAGAACUUUACUAAGAUUGUCCUAAGCUAAUCGACAUCUUGCCCUUUCGAUGAAACUUGAGAAUAGUGAAGGGGGACAGUUUGUAGAUUACCUUCCAGUUACAGUAAUCCAUGAAUUGGAGUUGGUAGAAUUUGAUUCCUUGGAUUUUGAGGGAAAAUUAGAGAUUGCAACCUCCCAGCUCAAGGAACUAGUAUCAUGUCAUUCCUAUGACAAGAUGGAUUGUUCCCUAAUUAACUCUGAAUUUUUUCCAGGCUUUUUAUCCAACUAAACAGUUCAAGAAAUGGAAGCUAUAUUUUCAGAUAUGACAAAAAACAGGUUUUUUUUCCAACAAUCUUGUGUUAGAAACUGUGAUCCACAAGCAUGGAAAUCAACCUCAAAAUUCUUGUAAUCUUUCUGAAUGUUUGCUUGCCUGUUUUGGUUAACGCAUUCAUUGUACUGCUCCAACCUAAAAAGUCUAAGAAAGAGAAGCUUUAUUUUCAGAAAUGACGAAAACCAGAGUUUUUGAAGUUAUUGAGAUGUAUAAUUGGAGCUUGAACUUUGUAGAUCUCGGCAACUUACAAAACUUGACAAAGGCAGGGUAAUUUCAUCCUUUCUGUGGGUUACUCUAUAAAGAUGAGAUUUUUUGUUGUACCAAAAAGGCUCACAACUCUUCUUGUCUUAUUAUUUGCUGUUUAUGUUUUUCUCUUUAAUUUCUUAAUGGCCAAGUGAAAAGUAUUUCACCACAUCCUUGACAAAAACUCUAUCUAGCUCUUCCAGUAAAGGAUUUACAACAACGCAAACAUGGACUAACUAUCUAUUACUAUAAAAAAUUUGGAGGUCCUUUUCUGGAAAUUUUAUACUAGUUUGAAGUUAAACCAAUGCCAACUGGGUAAAGUCAUUAUUGCAUCACUUUUAGAACAUAUUAACUUGAUCAAAUACUUUUCUGAUUACUUUGUUGAAGUCGGGCACAACUAAGGUUAACAUUGUUGUUUCGUUGGUUAGUGCUAAAAGUAGUUUCCAUAACACAUUUAGUGAUUUCUGCUUUCAGGGAUACAAAUUAGACCUGCAACUACAGAUCUUCAAUGGUUAUGCAUUUUGUGCAAGGCUGCCAGUUGCUAUUUGAGAUAGCUGAUCCGGCAUGUUUUUCUCUGGCUCUUCUAUUAAAGACCUACAACUAAUCAAAUGCAGUCCCAACUAAAGCUCACAUUGGACGCUUCUAUGGUUAUUGCUGAAAGAUAUGUUUCCAUAACAAAAAGGUGACUUCUACUUUCUGGGAUAGAAAGUAUGUAGACCUGCGAGUAGUGAUCUUUGAUGUUUGUGCAUUGCAUUCCAGGCUGGCAGUUGCUAUUUGAGAUUAUGCACCAUGGAAAUUUCAAAUGGUCUACUACCAGCUUCAGCAAGAGGUUGAAUGUAUUUGCAGCAAGUUCGAUAUGCUUCAUCUUAAAUUUUGGAUUGUUAAAGGCAAACAUACAUAGAGGAUGGUCUUACAUUGUUUUGUAUUCUUCGUAUCGAUUAUGAUUGGGUUAGCGAUUCCUUUCUUUUGGAACUAUAGAGGUCAAUAACAAAAACUACAAGUGGUCUGCUGAUUCAACAGAAGGGAGGGAGAGGAAGGUGUGGAAGAAGACCUCAAACAUAUCAUGUACGCUGGAUCUAAAAUGAAAUGCUUCAUAUGAUUGAAGUCAGAUAUCGAUGAUAAUAUUAGGAUUCUUAGUUUUUGUUUCAGGCAGUAGUUCACUUCAUAAAAUUUCAUUUUCUUCUUUCCCAUUUAAAUUGUUAAUUUCGUUUAAACUUUGGGUGAAUCGUUUCCCCAAAGGACUUGACAUAGUUGGAGCCAUCAAGAACAACUGACUUAUCUGAUAUAUUAUGAAUAUGUUUUUUUUCA